CCUUGUUCCUUUUUAGUUCCUCCAUACAUACAACAUGGCAGCGCAAGUAGCACCGGGAGGCACCGGCGGUGGAAACACGGCUUUCAGGGACAAGGAAAAGCCCAGGGCGGUCCGCAUAGCCAACAUCGUCGCGGCGAGAGCCGUGUCCGAUGCAAUCCGAACAUCGCUCGGGCCCAAGGGAAUGGACAAGAUGAUCCAAACCGGCAAGGGCGAGACCAUCAUCACCAACGACGGUGCGACCAUGUUGAAGCAAAUGAGCGUCAUGCACCCCUCCGCAAAGAUGCUGGUCGACCUCGCACACGCCCAGGACAUUGAAGCUGGUGACGGCACCACGUCCGUCGUGGUCAUAGCAGGCAGUCUGCUUGGUGCUGCCGAGCGGUUACUGUCAAAGGGCAUCCACCCCACCGUCAUCUCAGAAGCUUUCCAGCGCGCCGCCGCACAUGCCAUCGAGAUUCUCACCGACAUGGCGAUACCCAUCUCGCUGAGCGACCGACCCACCCUGUUGAGAGUGGCGACAACCGCGCUCUCCUCCAAGAUCGUAGCCCAGGAGCCGAAGCUGCCCGCCAUGGCCGUCGACUCCGUGCUGAAGGUCAUCGACCCCAAGACUGCCGACAACGUCGACCUGAAGAACAUUCGGAUAAUCAAGAAGUCGGGUGGCACCAUUGAGGACAGUGAGAUGACCGACGGUUUGGUGCUCUACCAGCCUGUCGUAAAGAGCGCGGGCGGCCCGACCAUGAAAGAGAAGGCGCGAAUUGGUCUGAUACAGUUCCAGCUCAGCCCUCCCAAGCCAGACAUGGAGAACCAGAUCGUCGUCAACGACUACAGGCAAAUGGACAAGAUCCUCAAGGAAGAGCGAACCUAUCUUCUCAACAUGGUCAAGAAGAUUCAGAAGGCGAAGUGCAAUGUGCUUUUCAUCCAAAAAUCCAUUCUACGCGACGCAGUCAACGACCUGAGUCUGCAUUUCUUGUCAAAACUCAAGAUUCUCGUCGUCAAGGAUAUUGAGCGUGAGGAGAUCGAGUUCAUCUGCAAGAGCACUGGUUGCAAGCCCAUCGCCGACAUCGACUCAUUCACAGAGGACAAGCUUGGCUCCGCAGAUCUUAUCGAGGAGGUCCAGGCAUCGGGCGCAAGAUACGUCAAGGUUUCGGGUGUGAAAGCCGCCGCCCAAACUGUCUCCAUCGUCUGCCGAGGCGCAAACUCCUUGAUCCUAGAAGAGACAGAGCGCUCGUUGCACGACGCACAUUGCGCCAUCCGUUCGCUUGUAAAGAAGAAGGCCCUCCUUGCAGGUGGCGGCGCGCCUGAAACUGAGAUCGCACACCGACUUUCCAUCAAGGCGCGCGAACUCACAGGUACCGAGGCUAUCUGCUGGAAAGCCUUCGCAGAUGCCAUGGAGGUUAUCCCUACCACUCUCGCGGAAAACGCGGGUUUGAACAGCAUCAAGGUGGUUACAGAGCUGAGGCAUCGUCACGCACAGGACCAGAGGAACGCCGGUGUAAGUAUCAAGAGCGGGGGCGUGAAGAAUGAUAUCGCAGAGGAGAACGUGCUGCAGCCGCUGCUAGUGAGCACAAGCGCCAUUGAGCUGGCCGCGGAGACGGUCAAGAUGAUACUGCGAAUCGACGACAUUGCCCUGUCGAGGUAGAGGUAAACGCGCGUUCGAAGGGUCAUGUGCAUAGACUAGCGCUGCGAUAGUAAAAAUACCACGAGAGCAAUGAGACGAUAAUGCCAGAUACC